AUGUCAAAAAAGUCGACUCCUUCGAAUUUUGUUAAACAAAAUCAACCUGCACUUAUUAAAAAAUUUGCUCGUGAAAUUAGUGAAAAGGAAAAUGAUAUAACAUUUCAAUCUUCGGGAAGAGAAACUUCUGAGGAAGAAAAGGAGGAGGAGGAGGAGGAGGAGCAGGAGGAGAACCAUGUAAAAACUGACCAGAAAUCUAUGUCCUCCGAACAAAAGGAGACAUUUCCACAAUAUAUCCCAGAAAAGGAAAUUAAUGAACUUUUAGAAAAUCAAAAUUCCAGUGACAAUCGAUAUGUAGAAGGAUAUUUACGUAUUAAUCCUCAGUGUUACAAAUAUGCUUUUUUAUCUAUGUCUGACGAGUGUGAUCUAUUGAUCUUUGGUUUAAGGGAUAGAAAUCGAGCCUUUCAUGGUGAUCUUGUUGUAGCAUGUAUAAAUCCCCAAGAACAAUGGCAAAUGUACCAAGGACAGAAACAAAAAACAGCUGUUGUAGUUUGUAUACGAAAGAAAAUACAUCCAAGGAAAACAAUUGGAUGUUUAAAACAGCGUGGCAUGUCUACAUUUUUUUAUCCCAGAGAUCACAGUGUGCCGUUGAUUAAAGUAAAUAGAAAAUCACUGCAACAAUUUGCCGUGUGUCCAAGUAGUUAUGAAGGCACAUUAUAUUUAGUUGUUAUAACUGAUUGGGUGACACCUCAGUUUGCACAAGGGAAAAUUGAGAAAAUAGUUGGAAGUAUAGGUGAUAUAGAAGCAGAAUCAAACGCGAUAUUACUUGAAUAUGAUUUAGAUGUCACACCUUACAGCCAAGAUGCGAUAAAAGAGAUUCCAAAUGGUGAUUACUCUUUCACAGAAAAUGAUACAAAAGAUAGGGAAGAUUGGAGACACGAAUGUGUUUUUACUAUUGAUCCUGACACUGCGGUCGAUCUAGAUGAUGCAGUUUCUUGCAAACUUUUGCAAAAUGGCAACUUUGAAAUUGGUGUGCAUAUAUCAGAUGUUACUCAUUAUUUGGAAUUUUUAUCUCCGUUAGAUAUUCAGGUUUCAAAACGAGCAACGACUGUUUACAUGACAGAUAAUGUGUACCAUAUGUUACCGAAACAAUUAUGUCAACUAUGUUCUCUAUUGCCUGGACAGGAUAAAUUGGCUUUUUCUGUUAUAUGGGAAAUUACACGAAAUGCCGAAAUUGUCAAACAUCGCUUUGCUAAAACUAUAAUAAAAUCGUGUUGUCAAAUGGCUUAUCAACAUGCGCAGAAAUUUAUCGAACAUCCGGAAAAUAAUUGGUCAGAUGAUUUUUUAAAGAUAAACGGCAACUUCAGUAUUAAUGAUUUAUCGAUGAAAGUAAACAUUUUACACGAUCUAGCCACACAGAUACGUGCUAAAAGAUUUCAGAACGGCGCAUUACAAAUAGAUCAACCAAAAUUACAUGUUAGAAUUGAUAAAAUUACAAGUUUACCGAUAUCGUAUUGUAUAGAAGAACAGCACGAUAGCAACAGGCUGAUAGAAGAGUUUAUGCUGCUAGCUAACAUGACGGUUGCUACGCAGUUGUAUGAUGCGAUUCCUGAGACUGCUUUAUUGCGUAAUCAUAAAGAGCCCUCAAAGUAUAUUCUCAGUAUGUCUAAAGAUAUUCUACAGAGAUUUGGUAUUCAUUUGGAUAUAAAAUCGUCAGCGUCUUUGCAUGCUAGUAUUAAACGGUAUGAGCAAGAAUUUGAAUCUGAAAGCAAUGAAUCAAAAACAACAAUGAAAUAUAGGAUGAUGGUUAUCAAUAAUCUUUGUUCAAAAGCUAUGACUCGAGCAACAUAUAAAUGUUCGUCUACUGUAAAAGUGGAAGAGGAUUUGAGACAUUACGCUUUAAAUGUAUCGCUUUAUACGCAUUUUACUUCUCCAAUUCGACGAUACGCGGAUUGCGUAGUACACCGUUUACUUUAUUCAACUGUAACAAGUGUAGCAUUGCCCCAGAAAUGGUCCCGAAAACUGUGCAUACAAAUAGCGGCGAAUUGUAAUAUAAAGAAGUAUAGCGCAAAAGUGGCCCAAGAACGAAGUUGUGAAUUAUACUUUACAUAUCUGAUAGAUUUAAAAGGUCCUAUUAUUACCAUGGCUAUUGUAUUGAAUGUAAAGGAAAAUUUUAUAGAUGUUAUACUAUGUCAAGUUGGUAUAAAGUUAAGGGUUUUCUUAGCAGAGUUAAAAGAUUUAGCAACUGUUUCAUAUUCUUCGGAAUGUUCGGUUCCGACGAUAAGCAUUUCCUGGAAACAACCUGCUGUUACUCAGGUAAUAAAUACAUUUACUUUAUUAUAUUUGAGGGUGGAGAAACAUCCUGAAUCCUUUAAAUUAAUCGGUAAUCUGUUACCACUUAACGAGGAACUAAAGUAAUAACUAUUUAUGCUGUGACUUUACAUUUGGAAAGUAUCAUUGUAAAAAUAUUUUGUAUUUCUUUAUUCGUUUAUAUAUACAUAAAUGACACGUCGGCUGUGUACACAUAUUG